UCUGAUAACCCAAUCAGUAUUAACACGAGACGACAUAAGACAAGACGUUUGCUACCGGAACGUCACUCGCCACUCGCCACAGUACGUGCCGGGGUGCUAUUUAGUGCCUAGCGUGACAAAGUAGUUCUGUUUUGUCAUGUAACAUGUUGCCUGAUGCCUACAACUGCCAGCCAGCCCGGUACUCAUAGUCAAUACCAGUUAUAAUAUAAUACAGUAUAUAUAUUUAACGUUAUAUAAGUAUAUUAUAUUUGUCUGUGGUCAGUUAGUAGUCAAUUAACGACGGUUGGGCAUUGAACGUUAACUAAUACGUAUACCUCGGUGAUGGACAUAGAUACUGUUGAUGUCAAACUUGAAGUCAAUGACGACCAAGGAUCGGUUACGAAUUUUGUGUCUACAAAUAUCAUCAGUCAUGAUUCUGUCGUGACUUGUGGUAAAUGCGAAAAACAAAUGUUAUAUCAGGAGUAUGAUUCUAAACACCGUCAGAUUCAUUAUGGCCUCUGUUGGAUUGUAGGCGUAGAAGAUGAAAUUGAUUUCACUGAUACAUCUACAAUUCAAGCAAUAUUAAAGAAAAAUACUAACAAAUCUAAAGCUAAGUCAACAUUUAUAUGUGAAUGGUGCGAUGCUGUUAAAAAGACUAUUUCUGGGUUUGCCAAUCAUCUAAUAAAAUGUAAACAAAAUUCAGUAAUGAGUGUAAAUAAUGAAGUUCUGAACGAGUCUGAUGUAAAUCUUAGUACAACAACUAUUACUCAUGAUAAUGACAGUAUGGUGUCAUGUGGUCGUUGCGGAGAAAGUAUGAUAUAUAAGGAAUACAAAAAUAUACAUAUCCAUACUCACUAUAAUUUAUGUUGGUUAGAAGGAGAAGAAAAAUUAGAUUAUUUAAAUGAGAACAGAAUGGUUUUUUUACUUCGUGAAAUUUUACCAAACACUACUGUUAAAAAAAAAUUUAUAUGUGAAUGGUGUAAAGAUUUGAAAAAAAGUGUGAUAGGCUUUGCUUCUCAUGUGAAAAAAAUGUGCCAUAGAACAUAAGCUUUAUUUUCUAGCUUGUACUUCAACAUCCUAAUGAGACUGAUUUGCCCCAGCCUAUAGAGGAAGAAAUCAGUAAAAACAAUUCAAUG